GAUGAUCCCUUCAUCCAGCAAGACCUUCUUGGUGAACGACUUGGCCGCCGGCCGGGAAUACGACCUGUGCGUCUUGGCAGUGUACGACGACGGCGUGACCUCCCUGACGGCGACUCGGGUAGUGGGCUGCGUGCAAUUCACCACCGAGGGGGAGAGCGCCCAGUGCCACUCGCUCCACACCCAGUUCCUGGGGGGCACCAUGAUCAUCAUCCUGGGGGGCAUCAUCGUGGCCUCGGUGCUGGUCUUCAUCAUCAUCCUCAUGAUCCGCUACAAGGUCUACAGCGGGCAGGAGGAGCAGAAGAAGGCGGCCAGGGUCAGCAACGUCUACUCGCAGACCAACGGCAGCCACCCGCAGCCCAGCACCAGCACGCUGCCCCCCUCGGCCUCCAAAAUCGGGGAGGACAAGUACGAGACCCUCCAGGAGGUUGCUUCCAAGGACCCCCGGCUGGGCGGGGGCAGCAGGGGCGAUGCCCCCCAUGGGCCAGACGUCUCCUUGACCGAGCUGGAGAAGAGGGCGGCAGCGCAGAGGAGCCCCGAUCUCCAAACCGUGGCGGUCCUGACUUCGGAAGAAGGACAGCGGGAGGUCAGGAGGGCCGGCUCCUCGGUCUCCCUGUGCCUCCUCAGAGACCCCGGGGGCACCCCCCAGCUCCGGGCCAAACCGGGCAGCAGCGAGUCGGGGUCUUUCCCCCGCGCGCUCUCCAGGACUCGGCACCACCGCCAUUCCUUCGACGGGGAUUACGCGCUCUUCCAGAGUCACAGCUACCCCCGCCGCACACGGACAAAGCGCCACAUGUCCACCUCUCAGUUGAACUCGGCGGAGUCUCCCUUGAGUCACAGGCGGGUUACUUUCGGCAGCACGGAGUGGAUGCUGGAAAGCACAGUCUGA